UGUUCAGCCAUCCUCCUUUGCGAAACCACUAACGUAGAAUGCCAGGCUGCAUCUUGGAAGGCUUUAGCCAUUCUGGCUCACAGGUACCGAACCCCUUGCUCAUACAUACCGUCCUCGUCCUGCGAAAUUGGUGCGGCUUGCAACCCGUGAUGAUAGUCGCGCUCACUGCCGCGAAUGCGGAAAUUGCUCCGCUGACCGACUUCUCAGACCGGGUGGUGCCUUUCACAGCGGUCACUUGGAGCUGCGUGAUCUUCCCCUUUUUGGUCCUGCUGGCUCAUGAAGCUGCAAAAACCAAACCUCUGCUGACAAAUCCUCAGGAUGCAAAUACCAUGUCAUUCCAGAUCUCAAUUAUGUUUUUUUUCUUCCACUGGUAUGUCAUGGAAGCGCUGCUUAUGCCGAUCUCGCUGGAUUUCGCGGAAAGCAUGGGGCAGAGUGCCACCAUGAGUGGCUUCUUUCUUAGCUCCUCGAUGAUUCCUGUUUUUAUUGCAAUAGUGGUGAGCAAGAGAAUGGUGAGCGAAAGCAAUUGGGAUCAGGCAAAUGCACGCACUUUGAUCCUUGGUGCCCAAGUGAUUGGCAGCAUCGUGCUGCUGGUGAAAGCUGUGGUGGCCAGUUCCACGGUGGAUCGCAGUGUGGGGACGAAACAGGCGGUGUUUUGGCUUCUUAUUUGCCUGGGUCAGAUUUGUUCCUUUAUGCAGGCCUUGCCACUGGUCCCCUUGAUGGUCAUGUGGGCCAAGAUCACGCCGAACAGAGAGAGGAGCUAUUGGAGUGUUUGGACACAGUGCGCCAGAAACGGGGGCUUUUUGGUCGGCCCGGCGGUUUUUGCGAUCAUCAGCCUGUGCGUGAAACAAGGCCAGCCAGUCGCGCCCGUGUCUGUCAUGGCUUGGAUCUUCUUCGCGCAGUGCAUCAUCAUGCAACUUGCGACCAUUUACAUCGCCAUGGCUUUGCCCAAAGCGCUUCUCCCCAACGAGGAUGAGGAGAUCGAAUCAGAGCAGACAGAGCAGGGUGUUGAGGAGUUGGACGCAAAGCAGCGUCAGGAGAUUGUAAAGCAAAUGAUUCGAUAUGGAUUCCUGCGGUAUUUUCAGACUGCUUCCAUAGAGGUAAGUGCCAUCAUGUUACUGGAGGUGUCUUAUGAUUGGCCCACCGAAUCCUGUGGCGCAGUGUUGACUGCAGUGUCCUUCACGAGUCUGUUGUUCGCAGCUUUCUCUGCUACACUGAUGUCGCGCAAGCUUGUGUCAGAGUCUGUGAUUUUUGCCGCGAGCAACCAUAUCGCGUUGCUGGGAGCGAUAUUCCUGUUUGACUUUGGCACGGGAGCGGCGGGUUUGAUGAUAGCAGACGCUCUCGUGUAUGGCUGUUCAAGUGUGUCCAAUGGCAUCGCUGAGGGCUGGGGAUCGAAGGCUGCAAUACCUGACACAGACUGCAGCCAGGACUCCAAAAUCGAUCUCCGUUUGGUUGGAUGAAGGAGCCCAAAAGGGGCCAUGUUUUGUUUUGACCAAAUCUUAUUUUGAGCAACGCCCAGUUGUCCACAGGCAAUCGAACUUUGGCCUUCUGGGUUUUCCCUGGUGGUUCCAGAUGGUUGCGCUUUUCUUUCCAGAUCCUUUCGGAUCCUUUGGGCAAGUGACAGGAAGCAUAUCAAGCGUGGAGCUACGGUUCGAUCAGUGUUGCUCGCUUUAUCGCGCCGAUGAUCGCAAGGGCCAUGAUAGCCUAUGGGGGGCGCAAUGUGAACGCUGCCGCGCUGCUGAUGAUGGUGGCCAUGGCUUGUUCCAUAGUGCACUCAGCAACAACGAUGGUUUGGAACCAUCAAAGUGAGAAAGCUGAGGCGCGUGAGUCUAUGAACUUGCGUGAGAAAGCUUAGCGCAAAAAGACAAAAAGGCCGUCUGGGUCUAAUAGGUGACACUGCGGGAGCUCUUGAAC